ACUUAAAGAACGAUUGUGUCAUUGUCAAACUCAGCCGGUGACAUUGAAUUGUCAAACUCAAUUUGCAAAUUUUAUUUUUCUAAUCAGUUUUUGAAAUGGCUUCUUUGAGGAGCCCGUCUACGCCGACCGACGGAUAUAAAAGGUUUAGUGAUGAUUUCGCAAACAGCAGCAUCAACAAUUACGGCUCAAACGUCACAAAUUCUCGCACUGGCUCAGAUGGCGGUGGCGAUGCCAACACCCUGGACAUGGGCAGCCGGUCAUCUCUGCACACGGGCUUGCAGAUGUCAGAGGACGAGCACUGGGAGAUGAAUUAUCAUGAAGCUGCUAUAUAUCUGGAGGAAGGCCUAAACAACGAGAAGUUUGACUCGCAUCCGUCCAGUCCCGAAGAGCUACCAGCCUACCUCCGCGUCCACAACCCGUGGUACCAUGGUUUGGACCUCCUAGCGUCGUUGGUGUUAAUUCUGCUGGCGUUCACUGAAGACCCCGCUGUCCCUGCUUUUGAAUUACCAGUUUGGGCCCACGGCACAAUAGAACUGUUGGCGUUGUCGGUUAUAGGAAUCGAAUUGCAUCUCAAGUUGAAGUGGAUUGGCUGGGGGACCAUAUUUAAACACAAACGCACUAUGAUUAAGGGUAUAACCCUCUUGAUAAUGGUGCUGGAAGCAGUGGUGGUGCUCUGCAGGCAGUCCUCCCACUUCCGUGUGACGCGGGCGCUUCGCCCCAUCUUCCUGGUGGACACGAGACACUGUGGCGGGGUCAGACGGUUUAUUAGACAGAUACUGCAGAGUCUGCCACCUAUUUUGGAUAUGUUGGGGUUACUGAUGUUCUUCGUAGCGACUUAUUCCUUAUUGGGAUACUAUCUAUUCUCCGAGCAUAUAGACAAUGGGCACUUUAAAACGUUGAGCGAUUCGUUUGUUAGUAUGUUUGUACUCCUAACCACAGCCAAUUUUCCAGACGUAAUGAUGCCGUCAUACGCGAAGUCCAAGUGGUAUGCCGUGUUCUUCAUUUUAUAUAUUAUCACAGUACUUUAUGUACUCAUGAAUUUGAUGCUUGCCGUAGUAUACGAGACGUUCACGCGUAUAGAGCGCGAGAAGUGCCGCGCGCUGCUGCUGCACCGGCGCGGGGCCGCGCGCCGCGCCUUCCGCCUGCUCGUGUCGCGCCGCGCGCCGCACGCCGUCAAGCUGCGCCACUUCGCGGGGCUGCUGCGCCACUACGCGCCGCACUACAGCGGGCUGGACGUGUACCUGAUGUUCAAGCAGCUGAACACGAGCGGGUCGGGCGGGCUGGCGCGCGGCGAGUUCGCGAACGUGUACGAGGUGUUCGCGCUGCGCUGGGCGGCGCAGGCGGCGCGCGCGCCCUGGUACGCGCGCUCGCCGCUCGAGCCCGUCGGCCGCCUCGCGCACGCCGUCGUGCGCUGGCCCUACUUCGAGUACUUGAUCUACGCGCUAAUCGUGGGCAACGGGGUAUCGAUGGUGCUGCGCGUGCUGGAGGCUGCGGGCGACUUGCAGGACAGCGCGAGGCUGCUCUGCGCCUCGUGGGACACUUGGCUGUUCCUCACGCUGUUCCUGCUGGAAGCAGGUCUUCGUAUAAUGGCCAGCGGUCUGGCUGUUUACCUGGAAAGCGGCUGGAACGUGUUCGACUUGAGCGUGACUCUACUGGCUUUGAUGGGAGCCGUGCUGCUGACGAUCGCGCCCAAGCUGUUUAUCGUUGUUAUGUUCAGGCCGCUUAGGUUAAUGCGGCUGUACAAGCUCAAGAAACGCUACCGGGACGUGUUCGGGACGCUCGUGCUCCUCUCCCCGCUGAUGUCCUCCGCGGGCUGCGUGAUGCUGGUCAUGUACUACUUCUUCGCGAUCGUCGGUAUGGAGCUGUUCGCUGGAUACAAUCUGAGGAACUGCUGUGUGAACACGACAGUGGAGGACUUCUACAAGUACUCCGAGAACAGCUCCACGCCACUCGGCUACUACUAUCUGAACAACUUCGAGAACAUUCUCACGAGCGGCGUGACGCUGUUCGAAUUAACGGUCGUCAACAACUGGUUCAUACUGAUGAACGCGUUCGCUACGGUCGCGGGGCAGUUUAGCAGGAUUUAUUUUAUGGUGUUCUAUCUAUUUACGAUGGUGGUUCUGACGAUAGUGGUUGCCAGCGUGUUGGAGGCGUUCAGAUUCAGGAUACAGUACAAGAGAAGCACAACUAAGAGAGAUGAGGAGAAACUCCUCCAUGAGGAGGUUCACACGAGUUGGGAGGAGGCUCAGAGACUUGGCGCGAGUGGGGACCUCGCAGACCAGCUCAGGACUCACCUGACUCCAGGGAUGCAAGUCACAUUUAUAGGCACGCGGCCGAGAACAAAAGAAGUAUUACAGAGGAGGAUGUAUCAGUCGGAUAUUCAGAAAUGGUUAAGCGAGGAAGAUGAGAAUGAAGACUUACAACCAUCAACUACAGUGACUUCUAGUGAGGAUCCCCUCUCUCCCCCCCUCAUUCAGCAGCCAGAUGACGACAACCACCACAUAAGAGGCGGCUACCAAUUGUAGAAUUUAAUCCUAACAGCGCUCCAUGAUCGCUUGUCCGUGAUUUGGAGCGCUGUCAAAAAUCUAACAGACUCUAUAGUAUGAUAUUGGCGCCAAAAACUUCUUUCUAUGUGUGGAAAGGCGCCAAAUAGAAUCGGACUUAAUAUUUGUAAGCGUUAUUUAUUGAUCUGGUCAUCCAGUUAUAUACGUCAAAGAAUUUGUUGUGCUGUCACUGAUGGCGCCAAAAUAAUGGUUUAAUUCCACAAUGAUGAAAUGUUAUACAUAUUGACAAAUGAAAUUGUAAAAAAAAGUUAAAUCAUUAUAUUUUAACGUGGCUUGUUGACGUUGACGUUUAAAAAAAUAUGUAUUUGUGAUUUUUAAUCUAUAUGAAACCUCUUCAGAUUGUGUUAUCUUCCGUUAAUUCCUUCAUUCAAUUAUUACCAGUCCACAAACCACUGCCUUAAUAUAAUCCUCUGGUCAAAAGAGAAAUGGGAGAUAAAAUUAAAAAGUAAAUCAGUCAGAAUAAAAGAUUAUUUGUAAGAAUGCUAAGCGCAUACAUAUAGGAUGUUUGGUAAUUUGGCAAACCUUUAUUAGUGUUUUUUUAAUAAAACGCAUGUUUAAUUCAUGAAUAAUAUUAGGCGUUAAAGCUAUAUAAAAUUAUAAGUGACCUUAGAUAUUGCUUAAGUGCUCUUGGGAUCUCGCUAUAUAACAUUCUUAAAUUGUUCUAAAAUACGAUUAACAUUUAUUCAGGAGGGCUACUGUGACGUUUUAAAUCAGUACUAAUUCCAAUGGGAAAGUGAUGGCGCUAAACGAUCAGCGCUGUAUUAUUCCCAUGCUGGUUUUAGUACUGUUUCCAGACGACAUGGUGAACCCCCAGCUAUUAGUAAUAUUAAUUACCAUUAGUACAAACGAACGCUUUGGCAAUAUUUUUAAAAUUGAUAAAGGUUUAGUUUAUUUAUUACCCGACUACUGUGAAGUCAUAUAUUAGAUUUAAUUGGAUCGUGUUUCAUAUUUAUUUUCAAGUCCGAGAAUGUUUUUAUCACGCUUUUAUUUGCCUUAUUUGUAAUCGUAGGUAUUGUAGAUUUUAUUUCCUAAUCGACUAAAGUGAUAUUGUGAUAUAAAGUUGUAGGCAAGGACACGUAAGGCAUAAAUAUGGAAUUUAGACGAUAGAUUAUGAAAUUUGCCUUUAUUAGAAGUAAGUAAAAAUUAAAUUGGCAAAUUAUUGAAAUGUUUAUUUUUAAAAAGCUUUAUUUUUAUUUUGUAAGCAUUUGUGCGCUUCGAGUGACAUUUAAGUAUGAAUAAAAUACUUUGUGAAAGGCGGGUAAUAGAGUAAAUAGCAGCCCGCUGUAUUAUUUUUCUUUUUAAUUAGCUGUAAUAAUUGGCAGAUAGCAAGUGAUAAAGGGUACGAUUUAUUUAAUGGACAUAUAGAAAUUUGAAAAAGUUGUAGUUUUAUAAAUAUUUUCACUUUAAUAGAAUAGAUAAUUAUCAUAGACAUACAUCUGUUAUGGCCACAUUAAACAUAGUAUGCUAAGAACGAAGAAAGAAGAACGUGCUGUCAUCAUUUAAUUUAUAUAAUUUAUCGGAAAUGUAAAAAAAAUAUGUAAAAAGUGAAAUGGGAUAUAAAUUGAUAUGACGGACAUUUUGUUCGUUUUAAGCAAAUGCAAUGCCCAGCAUCCUACGUUUUUUUGUUUACUCGAUUAUAUUAUUACUCGAACAUAAAAUUUUUACUCACAUUUAAUUGUACAGCCAUUAAUGUAUGUAUAUCAGUGUGUAUGCAACUUUGUAUUUAAGGAGUAGUUGUUGUUAACUUUCGAAAUUAUUUGUGUUUAUUUAAAGGGUUAGCAUUUUGAUUUAGAAUUUCGUAUCGUAAUAUUUGAUUGAAUUGAGAUUUGUAGAACAAAUAGGUUUUUAUUAAUGAAUAGUACAAAGUCGUUUUGUAGUCAUUGAUUUUAUGUAGAUCACGUAAAGGGUUGCCAUAUGUAAUAUAUUUUUGAUUUGUGGUAGGUAAUUUACCACGGAAAAAAAUAAUUUUGACUGUGACAGCACGCACACAGUUUGUAUUUAUUGCGGUAUACCUAUUUUUGUCAAUUUCUAGAGCACUAUUCACUGUUCUUUCGUUUUCGUACCCUCUUAGGAGUAUGGCAACCCUGUUUGGAGCACCCUGUAAUGAGUUUGUACAUCGCAGUUUAAUUCUUUAGCACUAGCGAGUGUGCUGUUACACCUGGGGUAGUUUAGGUAUUAAGUGAUAUUGUAGUACCAUGAGGCAGGAAUUAGGUAGUUAAUGAAAUUAGUAAUGUUAUAAUUGAUAUUCACGUUCAUUUUCCUAAUAAGUAUUAAAAAGAUCUUUAAAAAAAUAUAAAUCUAAGUUUUUUUUUUCGAUAUUAUAGUAAAUGAGGGUAUUCUUAGUGAUAACUCAGUUAACU